AUGGCAUCAACACAUCCUUAUAAUCAAAUCAUUUUGUUUGGCGAUUCAAUUACACAGUUUAGUUUCGACCCUGAACUCAAAGGCUUUGGCGCCCUUCUAGCCAACAUCUAUGUCCGUAAACUGGAUGUCAUCAACCGUGGAUUUUCAGGCUACAACACGGACUGGGCACUACCCAUCUUGCGCCAAUUACUGCCUACACACAAGGAGCAGCAAGAUCAAGCAUGCUCCAUCCCUCUGAUGACCAUCUUUUUCGGUGCCAAUGAUGCUGCACUACCCGGCUCACCUCAGCAUGUGCCCUUGAAUCGUUUCAAGCAAAACACCAAGGAAAUGAUUGGUCUCGUCAAGAACCCGCAAUCCAGAUAUUACAAUCCCAAGCUAAGACUGAUCCUGAUCACGCCACCUCCCAUCAACGAAGCGCAGUGGGGCAAAAAGUGCGAACAGGAUGGCGGUAGAUUGAACCGAACCAACGAAGCAGCACGAUCCUAUGCCGAGUGCAUCUGCGAAAUUGGCCGCGAAACCAACACACCAGUCGCUGAUAUCUGGUCUCGUUUGAUGGAUAAGGUGCACCAGGAGCAACGCAAUUUAUCCGACUUUUUGCUGGACGGAUUGCAUUUGAACGCGAAUGGAUACAGAGAGUUAUACGAUGUGUUGUUGCAAAUUAUUAGUGAAAAGUACAACGAGAUCCAUCCUGAUAAUUUGGGCUAUGAGUUGGCAUAUUGGAAAGACCUCUUGACGCAGGAUCCUAUUGAUCUUCAAUUCCCUCUAUUGAAAAAUAGACUGACAUCAGACGAAUAG